AUGAAUGUUGGUGAUGGGAUAAUGUGGGGUGAUGGAACUUUAACUGAUUUGGACUUUGCGGAUGAUAUCGCUUUAAUUGGGAAAGAUAGACAUAACAUCCAAGAUAUGACAAGGAAUUUGCAAGAGAUUGGUAAGAAAGUUGGGCUUAGAAUAAAUGCUACAAAAACUAAGACCAUGACAGUCGGACACAAUCUGGACAGGGCAGUAACGAUUGAAGGAUCAGAGAUUGAAGAUGUACAAGAUUUUGUGUAUUUGGGUAGUAAGAUAGUGGCUAAUGGAGAAUCAGACACUGAUGUUCAAGCAAGACUUAAUAGAGCUACAGAGAAGAUAGUGGAGCUGGGUCAUCAUGUUGGAAGGGAUGGAUUUGACGAUUUUGAGGCAAAGGAGGUAGUGGAGCUACUUGAGUCCCACAACACCAAGUUGAAUGAGGAAGAGCUACAGGAGCUGAUUCAGUCACGCACCAAUAACAAAGAAAAUGAAGACAAAGGGAUGAUGGCUUCAAAGCCACAGCUGACAAGGAAAAGCCUUGAUAAAGGUUUUCAAUUGGCCAAAGAAUUUGGAGAUCUUUUUUUUGCUGAGGAUUCAGUCAUCUAG